AUGGUGCUCGAAGCCACCAUGAUCGUUGUUGACAACAGCGAAGCCAGCCGGAACGGCGACUACCUACCCAACCGAUUCUCAGCACAGUCCGAAGUCGUCUCCCUCAUUUUCAACGCAAAGACGUCCUCAAAUCCCGAAUCCGCCGUCGGUAUCAUGACCAUGGCCGGGACCGGCCCCAAGGUCCUCACCACCCCGACAGCCAACUUCGGAGCCCUCCUGGCCGGCCUCCAUGAAACCAAGAUCAAGGGACACAUCAGGUUAGGCACGGCGAUCAGCGUGGCGAUGCUGGCCCUGCACCACAGAGCCAACAAGUCUCAACGACAACGGAUCGUCGUCCUGAUAUGUAGCGAACUGGAUCCGAAGUUUGGAGACAAGAACGACACGGAGAAGGAGUUGAUCAAGCUGGCCAAGAAGUGCAAGAAGAACAACGUCUCGGUCGACUUUGUGGCCUUUGGCGAUGCCAUCGAGUCCGGCACCAAAACGAUACUGGAGAAAUUCGUCGAGGCCGUGGGUGGCUCGUCGGGAGAGGGGAACUACCUCGCCGUCAUUCCUCCUGGACCGGGCUUGCUGAGCGACAGCCUCAUCACCACGCCCAUCGUCAGCAUGGGUGGGGACAUGGGAUCGGGCGCGGGUGGCAUGGAAGGGGUUGAGACUGGUGGCGGAUCUGGUCGACUCGACGAAUUCGGCAUUGACGCCGCGGCCGAUCCAGAACUCGCCAUGGCGUUGCGGAUGAGUAUGGAAGAAGAGCAGCAUCGUUUGGAGCGGGAGCGAAGAGCACGCGAGGAGGAAGAGAGACGGAAUGCCGAUCGGAUGGAGACCAUUACCGAAGAAGUCCAGGCUCAGCAGCAGGCCGCCAGCGGAGAAGGCCAGGACGGCAGUGCAUCAAAACAACCGCGGGUAGAGGACGAUAAACAGGAGUGA